AUGAAUGUUAAUAGAACAGCAGUCACGUUAACAGUCAAUUGGAACUGGAGGAACUUCUUAACAGCAUCGUUGACAGUACGACCCCAUUUAAUGGCUUUGACAAUACUUCCGAAAUUGUCGUCCAUGAGAAUAACAUCGGAUGCUUCUUUAGCAACUUCGGUACCAGCAAUUCCCAUAGAGAAACCAAUAUCAGCAAGUUUAAGUGCGGGUGCAUCGUUGGUACCGUCACCGGUAACAGCCACAGUUUCAUCUAAAGAUUUCAGAAACUUGACAAGCUUUCGUUUGUCUUGUGGAGACGAUCUGGCGAGAACUCGCAGUUUAGGAACGACACUGUUGAGUUCAAAAGGAUUGAGUUUCCGGAACUCUGGUCCCUCCAUGACGAUUUCGUCUUCGUUGUUGGCAGAAGUCAAAAUACCACAGUCAAGAGCAAUGGCACGAGCAGUAUUGAUAUUAUCACCAGUAACCAUACGAACAACGACGCCAGCAGUUUUACAAUCGGCCACAGCUUGCUUGACACCGGGUCGAAGAGGAUCCUUAAUACCAACCAGGGUCAAAAAGGUCAUGUCUUUGAACAAGGUGUUUUCUUCCAGUGCAUAA